AUGCACAAAGCCAACGUCGAUGCCCAUCACGACCCCCGCCGACAGCCCGACACGAAAGCAAUCAUCGACAUGGCCUGGAUGAAACGGCCUCGAAUCACCGAUCGAUGCUCCCCGUAUCGUGCCUGCUCGGAUGAUCACGGUGUUCUGUGCUCUCUGACCAUGAGACCUUGUGUUCAAGUCGACAUCCGACCCGCCGACUGUCUUUAG